AUGACGAAGGUAAAUCUCGAAAAAGAUGGUCAGUAUAAACCUCCAACAUCCUAUGAUUAUAUUGAAGCAGAAGUGGCUCAGUUUGAAGAGGUCGGAGGAAUCUGUUCGAACAAAGACGAUGUUAACGAGCCAUGUUGCACAGUGCGUAGUGUUGUGUUAGGUUUGAUCUUCGUCAUUGGUAUGUCUUUCUUUCAUCAAUGGGGAGCUGUGCAAGUUGCUGGAUCAUUUAUUUCAUCAAUACUGGUAAUUGUCUUAGUUUUCCCAUUGGGCCACCUUUGGACAUUGAUUGUACCGAAAGCGAAACCAUUUACGGCCAAAGAACAUGGAUUUGUCCUUGUUAUGGCAAAUACAGCGUGGAUGUAUUAUUCCGUAUUUACUUAUGCGACUUUGACGACGCUGAAGGUAUUGGAAAGAGAUAAUCUUAGCUUCCCGUAUUAUUUCUUCUUUGUUCUUGCACUUCAAUUUCUUGGUUUUGGACUUGCAGGUGUUCUGCGGCGCUUUUUGGUGUGGCCCGCAGAUGUCAUUUGGCCACAAAAUUUUCCAUUAAUGGCUCUUCUACGAUCAUUGCACGAUCGAAAAAUCAACGCAUCGGAAAGGAUUCAAAAUAGUUCCCAAACUCGCAGCUGGCGAAGUCAUUUUGCUCACAAUCGAUUGCUCUAUUUCUUCGCUAUUGUCGGUGUUGUCUUUAUUUACGAAUGGCUUCCAUUAUACAUUAUGCCAAUUCUUCGUCAUUUCUCGUGGAUGUGUAUGAUUAGUCCGGAAAACAAUGCUCUUGCUCAAUUGACAGCUGUUCGUGGUCUUGCUGUAGCCGGUGGUGGUCUCACACUCGAUUGGUAUGAAGUAACACAAUAUCUUGGCUCACCAUUGAUUUUACCAAGUUGGGCGAUAUUUAACAUUGCAUUCGGGUUUAUUUUGAUUGUUUGGAUCGUCAUUCCGAUUGUUUACGGAGCAAAUGUUCGUGAUGUCAGAAGUAAACCGAUCGGUGGUGUUGUUUCGCGAAAUUUUACAGCGGUCAGUCUUGUCACAGCAUUUACUUCAUUUGCUUGUGUAUCAGCGGUUUUUAUGCAUGCGAUUCUAUUCAAUGGAAUUGAUAUUUGGAAACAACUUCGAACGAAAAAAUUAGGAAACAUGGGUAAUGAUAUGCACGCUCGAUUAAUAUCGCUUUAUCCACCUGUACCUGAUUGGUGCUAUUUGGAAGUGUGUGCUGCAGCUUUGAUCAUCGCAUGUGUUACUUGUGAUCACGCUGGUUGGUUAAAUUGGUACUGGGUGUUGCUUUCGAUUUUCAUCGGCGCAGUUUUUGUUCUUCCAUUCGGUUUAGUUUCAUCGAUCACUGGUCAACUUCUUCAUAACUUAUCGGUUUAUUACAUUUGUAUUCUUACAAUUCAAUCCUUACCUUUCGGAACAUCGGCAAGAAAGAUCUAUACAUUCAUAGCACUGAGUUAUGUAGUCUUUGUGCAGACACUCGCUUUGACUCAAGAUAUGAAAUUGGCUCAUUAUCUCAAAAUCGGUCCGCGCCCACUUUUUGCUGCUCAAUGUCUCGGCGGAUUCGUCUGUUCAACAUUUAGUAUUGGCAUACGAUAUAUGUAUGUUCGAAAAGGGCAAGUGGGAACGAACUGGUCAUUGUUUAACAACACACAGCUCGGCUGGAAUUUAUUAAAUGAUUAUGUCGGAUUUUUCAGUGGCAAAAAUUCUGCGAACCAAAGUUUACUUUGGGCGUUUGUUGCUGGUGCAAUUCUACCGAUUCCGGGCUGGUAUUUAUCACGUUGGCCAAAAUUAUCAUGGAUGAAAAGUAUACAUUGGCCUUUGAUUUUGAUUACAAUCGGCUGGCUUCCUGCAAUUGUUUCGGGUGGCGCACUUUUUACUUGGCUUGUCAUCGCUUUUACUGUGUAUUUUACCUAUGGUAAAUAUACAUGGAGUCAACGACAUAUUUAUUUAACUUCUGGCGCAUUGGAUUUAGGUGUUAAUCUUACAUUGAUUAUUGUCAAUAUCGCAUUGAACAAUCAAAAAGUUGCUUUUCCUCAUUGGUGGGGAAAUGGUGCAGAUGGUGCUGCGGAUAGUUGUGCAAAAGCUUUAAAUUAA